AUGAAAAAAAAUCAAAAACAAAAAAUUGGUCAGAAAACAUCACCAGAUUUUCUAUUAAGUGAUGUUGAAACUGCAAGUCCAACUACAUUUAUUUUAUCAGAUGAUGAAACUAUAGAUCAAAAUCAACAGGAUAACUUUUCUGUUAUAUCAUUAUCCAAUAAUAAUUAUACAUCAACUGCAUUUUAUUCUAUAGAAUCAUCGAUGAUUUUACAUUUUCUUAUUGGCUUAUAUCGUCUAGUCACG